AUGUAUGAGAUAAAUUUCAAAGGACUAAUAACAAACGAUUUAGGGAGGCGAUUGACAACUGGAGAAGAAGUAGGAGGGAAGGAAGGCGGCGGCAGCAAGUUCCAAUGCCCCGGGCCGGGAUUCCAUCCUGACCCAUCCAGUUGUACGUCAUUUUACCGCUGCGUCGACUUCGGAUCUCUGACUCCUUUCCAGUUCCAAUGUGGUCCAGGAACAGUUUACGACCCAGCGGCUACAACGUGUGUACAUCCAUCAGCAGCAACCAGAGCCGAAUGCCGGCAAGUAUAUCCUCAAAGCCCAGAAUAUCCUGAAGGUUCUCAAUAUCCUCAGCCUCCGCCACAAUAUCCUGUCAUACCAGAAUCUUCUUCUGAAUAUCCGGAACAACCCCAGUAUCCAGUAGAACCCCAGGUACCACAAAACCCACAAUAUCCUGAGCAGUCAUUUUCUACUCAAAAGCCAACACCUCUAGGACCUGAGCCGCAAAGCCCUCAAGAUUCUCUAUUAAACCCGGGUCCUUCUCAUCAGAACCAGGACAGGUUAAAAUCAGGCGAAUGUAGCAGUGAUGGAUUCUUUGGAAUAAAAGGGAACUGUAGGUCAUUUUAUAGAUGUGUGAACAACGGUCAAGGAAGUUUUACAAAAUACGACUUUCAGUGUGCAUCCGGGACUGUGUGGGACGAAGUAAACGAAGCUUGUAAUCAUGCCUGGGCUGUGUCAAGAAAUGACUGUAAUGAUCUUAAACCAGAAGAACAAAUACCACAAGAAGAAUUUCAACAGCCUCCAGAAACACAAUACCCCCAAGAACCUAUAUCACCGCCUCAAUUUUCAAGUACCGAAGCACCGCCUACCCAUUUACAACCAGGUUCAUCUCCUGUAUACCCUCAGCCUCAACAACCUCCAGAAACACAAUACCCCCAAGAACCUAUAUCACCGCCACAACCUUCAAGUACCGAAGCACCGCCUGCCCAUUUACAACCAGGUUCACCUCCUGUAUACCCUCAGCCUCAACAACCUCCAGAAACACAAUACCCCCAAGAACCUAUAUCACGGCCACAACCUUCAAGUACCGAAACAACGCCUUCUCAUUUACAACCGGGCUCACCUCCUGUAUAUCCUCAGCCUCAACAGCCUCCAGAAACACAUUACCCCCAAGAACCUAUAUCAUCCCCACAACCUCCAAGUACCGGAGCAGCGCAGACUCCUUUGGAACUUAGUCCCUCACCUCAAUACCCACAGUCUCAGCAACCAGAGCAGGAACAGUCUGGUCAUCAACCAGCAGGACCUCCAGGAAUUCCUCCAACUCAAGAAACUCAACAAUCCAUUUCUCAGACAUCCGAGGGAACUUCAGUUUCCCAAACAUCAACCCAACCUCAACAAAAUACUUCUAGCCAGUUUGAGUUGCCCGAAGAUGGACAAAAUUCUUCGUCUGAAAACAAAGUACUCUCUGGUGAAUGCCCAAAUGAUGGAUUUUAUGGUGUGAGAGGAGAUUGUCGAGCUUUUUAUAGAUGUGUAAAUAAUGGUUUAGGAGGGUAUACGAAAUAUGAAUUUCAAUGCGCAUCAGGUACAGUGUGGGAUGAAAUAAAUGAGGCCUGCAAUCAUCCUUGGGCCGUGGCUCGAAGUGACUGUAGAAGUAGUGAACAGUCAUCAUCAUCCAUAGAACAAAACAAACCAGACUAUUCACAAACUACUCAGACACCUAGUACUGUUUCCCAGCAACCACAGACUCCUCAAACCAAUUAUCCCCAAUCUCCAGCUCCGCAAUAUCCUCAAGAUUCUGGAAGUCAGCCACAAAAUCAAAAUUCUCCAGUCUCAACGGUAACACCUGUGGCAUAUCCCCCUACAGAAAAACCUCCUCAUCUUCAAACAGAAACACUUCCCAAUGAAAACGAAAUCGGUGAUCGUGAGGAAAACGAAUCUCCAAACUCUGAAAAUGCAUCUGAAAGUAACACUGAUUGUAAAUCAGAAGGCUUCCACCCAGUACCCGGAAAUUGUAAGAAAUUUUUGAGAUGUGUCAGCAAAGGCGAUGGAACAUUUACAAAGUUUGAAUUCAAGUGUGGUGAAGGCACUGCCUGGGAUUCUGAUCUUGAAACUUGUAAUCACGAUUACUUAGUUCACCGAGAGGACUGUGGGAUGACUACAACACCGUCAAGCAUUAUACAAUCUGACUCAACAAUACCAACAGGAGGCAGUAGUGUAACGACUACUUGGGUCAAACAACAACUGCUGCAGGUGGAAGCCAGCAAAGCAGCUCCGCUUCUAGUGAACAGCAAUCGUCUUCCGCAGGAGGUACUCAGACAACACCAUCAGGAUUCCAAAAUACAUCUUCUGGACAGCAGACAACUUCAUCUGGUCAGCAAAGUACAACUUCUGGCCAGCAAACCAGUUCAUCUGGUCAACAAACAACAUCAUCUGGCCAACAAAGUACAACUUCUGGCCAGCAAACAAGUUCAACUGGACAACAAACUACAUCAUCUGGACAACAAACCACCACAUCUGGCCAGCAAACAAGUUCAUCUGGACAGCAAACUACCACAUCUGGCCAGCAAAGUACAACAUCUGAGCAGCAAACUAGUUCAUCAGGACAACAAACGACAACUUCAUCUGGUCAACAAACUACGUCAUCUGGUCAACAAAGUACAACAUCUGGCCAGCAAACAAGUUCAUCAGGCCAACAAACGACAGCUUCUUCUGGUCAACAAACUACAUCAUCUGGUCAACAAAGUGCAACAACUGGCCAGCAAACAAGUUCAACUGGACAACAAACUACAUCAUCUGGACAGCAGACCACCACAUCUGGUCAACAAAGUACAACUUCAGGCCAGCAAACAAGUUCAAAUGGACAACAAACUACAUCAUCUGGACAGCAAAGUACCACAUCUGGUCAGCAAAGUACAAUAUCUGAGCAGCAAACUAGUUCAUCAGGACAACAAACGACAACUUCAUCUGGUCAACAAACUACAUCAUCUGGACAGCAGACCACCACAUCUGGUCAACAAGGAACAACUUCUGGCCAACAAAGUACUUCAACUGGUCAACAAACUACAUCAUCUGGACAACAGACAACAUCUGGACAGCAAACUAGUUCAACUAGCCAAGAGUCUACUUCUUUUGGUCAACAAACUACUACAACGCCUCAGACCAGUACAUCUGGACAGCAGAGUACAUCUUCUGGCCAACAAACCAGUUCAACUGGCCAGCAGACCACCACCUCUGGAGAACAAAGUACAACUUCUGGCCAACAAACAACUUCAACUGGUCAACAAACUACGUCAUCUGGACAACAGAUUACAACAUCUGGUCAACAAAGUACAACUUCAGGCCAACAAACAACUUCAACUGGUCAACAAACUACAUCAUCUGGACAACAGACCACCACAACAGGUCAACAAAGUACAACUUCUGGCCAGCAAACCACAACAUCUGGACAACAGACUACAACUGGGCAGCAAACCAGUUCGUCCGGCCAACAGAGUACAACAUCUGUGCAACAGACAACGCCGUCCGGACAACAAACAAGUCUGCCAAUGGAAUCUACAACACCUUCUACCAUGCAAACAACUUCUGGCCAACAAACCAGUUCAACUGGUCAGCAAACUACAUCAUCUGGACAGCAAACCACCACAACCUCUGGCCAACAAACCAGUUCAUCAGGCCAACAAACUACAACUUCAUCUGGUCAACAAACUACACCAUCUGGACAGCAGACCACCACAUCUGGUCAACAAAGUACAACUUCAGGCCAACAAACAACUUCAACUGGUCAACAAACUACAUCAUCUGGACAACAAACCACCACGUCUGGUCAGCAAAGUGCAACUUCUGGUCAGCAAACAAGUACAUCUGGCCAGCAAACCACAACAUCUGGACAACAGAAUACAUCUGGUCAACAGUCUACUUCUUCUGGUCAACAGACUACAAUAUCUGGUCAACAGUCAACAACCUCUGUACCACAAACUACCCAGCCAAUGCAAUCUACAACACCCUCUACUGUACAAACAACUUCUCCUAUCCAACAGACCACUCCCACACCCAAUUCACCAAGCCAAGAGCGGUUCUGGUUUUACAAAGUAUGAAUUCAAUUGUGGACCUGGCACAGUAUGGGAUCCAGUCAAUACUGUUUGUAACCAUCCUUGGGCUGUUCCUGGUUGUGGAGGUCAGUCCCAACCCCCUCAGUCCCAACAACCUACUCCACCUCAGCAACCUACUCAGCCAGAACAGACACCUGCUCCUUCACAACCAACUCAGCCACAGCAACCAACACAGCCUCCGCAGCCCACCCAGCCUGCACAAACACCAUCUUCUUCACAGACACAGCAACCCACCCAACCUUCACAGACUCAGAAACCCACUCAACCUUCACAAUCUCAGCAACCCACACAAUCCCAAAAACCCGUUCAGCCUUCACAGACAACAUCUCCUUCACAAUCUCAGCAGCCAACCCAGCCACAGCAGCCCACACAACCUCAACAACCUACACAAUCAGGGCAGACAUCAUCACAACCUCAGCAGCCAACACAGACAACGCAAACACCUCCAUCUUCCCAACCAGAACGGCCAACAGCCCCUUCGCAAUCUCAACCUCCAUGUGCUACAAAUCCUUCAGACCAAAGUGGAAAAUGCAACCAGGCCCAACAGCCUAUAGUGUGCACCCAAGCUGGUUUCUUUUCUUACCCUGGAAACUGCAAAAAAUUUUAUCGAUGUGUAGACUGGGAUGGAUCAAAUGGUCAAAGAUUUUCUUUGUAUACCUUUGACUGUGGUGAAGGUACUAUUUGGGAUCCAUCAUUAAACACCUGUAAUUACCCUGAAAGUGUCCAACCCCCAAGAGAUUGUAGCUGUGAUACUUCUCAAGGUAGUUCAACUAGUGGUGGUGGAGCUGGUUCCAGUACUCAACCUAUACAACCAUCAACAACACCAUAUCCUCCACCAGGGUCCUCUUCCUCAGGAUCUACUCAGCCAGGCACUACAUCGCCAGGAUCAACUGAGACCGGAACAACUCAGCAAGGCAAUACAUCACCAGGAUCAACUGAGCCUGGAACAACUCAGCCAGGCACUACAUUACCUGGGUCUACUCAGCCUGGAACGACUCAGCCAGGCACUACGUCACCUGAGUCUACUGUGCCCGGAACAACUCAGCCAGGCACCACACCUGGUUCUACUCAAACUGGAACAACACAGACUGGAACUACACCUUCAGGAACAACACAACCAGGAACUACACAGACUGAAACAACACCCCCUAGCACUAGUGAAACUGGAUCAACUCAGCCAGGCACUACCCAACCAGGAUCUACUCAGCCAGGUACGACUCAGCCCGGAUCAAUACAAACAGGAACUACACCUUCUGGAACCACUCAGCCAGGAACAACACAACCUAGCACACUACCAGGGUCUACUGAAUCUGAAACAACACAGCCUGGAUCAACACCCCCUGGGUCUACUGAACCUGGAACUACACAGACAGGAACAACUCAACCUGGGUCAACACAAACAGGAACCACACCACCUGCAACUACUCAGUCAGAAACAACUCAACCUGGAUCAACACAAACAGGAACCACACCACCUGCAACUACUCAGUCAGAAACAACACAACCUGUGUCAACACCACCAGGAACUACACAACCUGCAUCAACACCACCAGGAAGUACACAACCUGGCACAACACUCCCUGGUUCCACUGAACCAGGAAUGACCCAGCCAGAUACUACUCAACCUGGAACAACACCGACAGGAAGCACUCCUCCUCAAACAACACAGACAGGAAGCACUCCUCCUCAAACAACACAGACAGGAAGCACUCCUCCUCAAACAACACAGACAGGAAGCACUCCUCCUCAAACAACACAGACAGGAAGUACUCCAACUGAAACAACACAACCUGCAUCAACACCACCAGGCACUACACAACCAGGAUCUACACCACCAGGUACAACACUCCCUGGGUCCACUGAGCCUGGGUCAACACAGCCAGGUACAACUCAACCAGGAUCAACUCAGACUGGAACAUCUGGCACAACUAUAACUGAUACAACUCAACCAGAGACAACACAACCUGAAACCACUGAGCCAGGUUCAACAUCUGGUACAUCCCAAACUGGAUCAAUGCAAACUGGUACAACAAAUCAGUCUGGUUCUGAAACUACUUCCACAGGGACUGUAACUGAAACUUCAACAGAACUUGCAACCACUCAACCGAUGGAACCAACUGGUCAGGAAACUCAGUCUCCUUCAAGGCCCACAAAUGUUCAGUGUGAACAGUUAGAGGAUAAUCAGUACAGUCUGAUUUGCCCCACUGGAUUUAAGCGGCAUCCUAAAAAUUGUAACCAAUUUUACCAAUGCACAACUUCAAACAAUAAUGCCAAAGUCCUUAUCCUUUCUUGUAGUAAUGGAACAGUUUAUGAUGAAAGAAAAACGCAGUGUCUUCCACCAAGUGAAGCUGAACCAUGCACAGGUCAAAUGGCAGAGACAAGAAUAUAUAAGCGGUUAGCGGAUGGAUCGACUCCUCCUGUACAAGUGAGGUCAAGAAGAUCCCUAUGUCCAUCAGUAGGGACUUUUCCUUAUGAUGGAGAUUGUCAAAGGUUCUACAAAUGUUCUUAUGAUCACAGAGGAAGAAUGCAAGGUUAUAUGUAUGAAUGCCCAGAAAACUACAGGUACUGGAAUGUAUCUAAAAGAUGUGAAAAAUCACAUAAAGUGCCAUUGUGUUCUGUAAGUCAGCCCUUACUGAUGCCACCAACAUCAGCACCAAUAGAAACUAAAGAAAUUGGAUACUAAGUCACUAAUGUACCUGAUGUGCCUUUAACAUAGCAACCUUGUCUUUCAUGAAGAUACUUCAUCACCCUAAAAUCACGUUUUUUAACAUUAUUUAUUGUUAAAUGGACCAUUGAUUUGUUUUGUGAUCUUUUUAUAAUUGGGAAAAUUCCAAUAGAGCUGACUAAUGUACAUAUUAUCCUCGGCAAAGCAUUUAGAAAAAUGCUUUGCUGACCCCAGUCAGUUACUAUUGGACUUUGGAAGGUGUGGGGAUAAUCAAAUGAUCAAAGUAUGUGACUAAAACAAGUGUGUCUGAUACCUUCCAGUGAAUAAUACUGAUUAGUAACAAUUUUUAGUUUACCCUAGUUUUAGUUUUGUAAUUAAUGUGCCUGCUGAGUAUAAAACAUCUAUGUUGAACUGUUGAGCAUAAAGCAUCAAACGUCAGUGGGAAGACUUAUUUAUUUAAAAAAAAUUUUAUUGUGCAAUAUGAAUUGCAAUAUGUUGCUCAAAAUAAAUCUAUAUUUAUUAAAAA